AUGAAUGAUAAAAUUCUAAGUCAUACUAUUUUAGGAAUUUGUAUUGAAUCUUAUUCAGCUCAUCCAGAUUCAUAAUUGGGAAUUGAUUCAUUUAUGAGUCCUUUGUUGUUGUCAUAUGAUAUUUUAAAAUAUUUCCCACCAACUAGACUAUUUUGUGGAAAUAAAGAUCCUUUAUAUGAUUAAGUAUUUAGACUAGCAUCAAGAUUAUAGUAAUAUUAUUUAUUUAAUAUUAUUUAGAGUAGUAUAGAGAGAUGUCAAAAUAACUAUAUAUGAAAAUUUAUCACAUGGUUAUUUAAAUUUUAAUACUAUAAAAGGAAUGUCAGAAAUUAAAUAAUGUAUAUUAGAUAGUUAAGAUGCCUUUUAGGAAUUAUUAAAUUGA